GCCAACCCCGGAAAUUCCGUCGGCACUGGUCACUGCUGUCAGCCCGUUGUUGGAGCGAUGUGUUGCCGCUUCUGCUGCGGGUCCGUCUGCGUCUCAGCUGGAGUUGAGCUCAAAACCGGACACCAGCAUGUAUUAAAGAAGGCGUUCCCACACAGAGGAGAUAAACAAUACUGAGGUGUCAGCCUUACCUGCCAGUCUACCCAUGUACUUCAUCCUGAAUGCCGGUGAAGGAGGUACACGCCACAGCAUGUUGAUGUGAAGCGAGAACAUAUUAGGAUGCAGUCUUCAAACCACAGACUGCGAGAUAUGGAGCAGCACCACCCGCUGCUGUCAGCAGGGGCAGAUGUCGAGACAGGGAGCCUGGCAGCCGGAGUGAUGGUCGGGGGUCCCCACGCAGGCCACACAGCGGGGAACCGCACGCUGUGGUUCAUUCAGGACAGCUGUGGGAUGGUGUGUGCAACUAUCACCUGGUUCCUGGUGCUGUACGCUGAAUUUGUGGUGAACUUUGUCAUGCUGCUGCCCAGCAAGAACUUCUGGUACUCGCUGCUGAACGGGGCCACCUUCAACUCCCUGGCUGUGCUCGCAUUGGCCUCGCAUCUACGCACCAUGUUGACUGACCCGGGUGCAGUUCCUAAGGGCAAUGCAACCAAGGAGUAUAUGGAGAGCUUACAGCUGAAGCCUGGUGAGGUCAUCUACAAGUGCCCAAAGUGCUGCAGCAUCAAGCCUGAGAGGGCACACCAUUGCAGUAUUUGUAAAAGAUGCAUCCGGAAGAUGGAUCACCACUGUCCCUGGGUCAAUAACUGUGUGGGAGAAAAGAAUCAGAGAUUCUUUGUACUUUUCACUAUGUACAUAGCCAUGAUUUCUGCCUAUGCCCUGGGCCUCAGUGGUAUGCACUUCUUCACCUGUGUUAAAGUCCAGUGGAAUGAGUGCAGUGACUUCUCUCCAGGGGUGUCUGUGUUGCUGCUGAUCUUCCUCUGUCUCGAAGCCGUCCUCUUCCUCACUUUCACAGCUGUAAUGUUUGGUACACAGAUCCACUCCAUCUGCAAUGACGAGACGGAGAUUGAACGUCUUAAAAAUGAGAAGCCCACAUGGGAGCGUCGCAUGAGAUGGGACGGAAUGAAAUCUGUAUUCGGGGGUCCGCCCUCCCUGCUGUGGUGCAAUCCAUUCACAGGCCUGCGUCUGCGGCGCCUGUUGCUGUUGACCUACGGUCGCCGUGGUGGCUCUGAGUUUUCUGUCUGAGUGCAGGACAGAUGGAUGCGGGUCAUCAACACUUAACCGUCUCUAAAGCAAGAUUUCUUGUAUGCCCUCCUCGGCUGGGACUAAGAUAGACCUCUGCUCCCUGAGGCUGUCCUUCAUGUGUGGGUGACAGGGCGAGACAGGCUGCUCCAGACGGACCCAUCACAGCACAUCACACCCCCACUGAAACUUGCUGAUGUAGACCCGACACCCUUGGUCCGCACAAGUAUGCUGAACAACUGGAAUAUUGUUUAUAACAUGAGCAGCAUUUUGGUUUGUUUGUGUGUAUUUGGGUGAAGCAUGCAAUAUGUAACUCAAGCGAGUCUUUUAUUCCUUGUGAGACCGUCCAAGGUGCUGUAUGAACUCAACUCAUGCACCUUCAGCAGCUUGUUUUCUUUGCUGCGCACAUGAGAUUAGUAUUUGAAUUGUGUGUGUGUGUGGGGGUUAGCAACAUAUCUUUCAUCAUCACUGGACCCAGAAAAGUGGAACUCAUUGGGGAAAUGCUUGAAAUUGCUCUAUUGGACCCAGACAAGGACAUGCGCUAUUUACAUGGCACUGGAGAAAAUGUCUGGAUAUGGAGCACAGUGGACAUCAGACCUGGAACUGUGCUGCCUUGAUUUGCAUGUUUAACAGCUCAAUCAGUCCGUUUCUCAGCCAGGAAAUGAGGCUUUCACUAUCUUCAAAUGAAUGAAAAGGCUACUGUGAACACAAGCCUCAUUCUUAUUUAAUAGGACUGAGUGUUUUUUCCUAUCUGUUCAUCUUUAUCAUUUUUUUCCCACCUUGAGCUCAAAUUGUUGUUAUUAUUAUUUUUUUAACUGCUGAAGCUUCUUUACCUUUUCAUCAGUGACCACUCUACAACAGUUGACCAUAAUAACUCACUGGAGAUGACUACUGAGAUUCUAACUCCUAAUUUGGAAAAAAGUCACCUUUUUAGUAUUAUGUACGUAAUAGUAUGUAUGUAUGUAUGUAUGUAUGUAUCCAUAAAUUUGCCAUCGCUCCAUGUCUCAUUCUCAUGCAAACACCUGUCCCCCAAAGCCCCCUGAUAUAAUUUUAUAACGAAAAUGAUUCAGGUUGAACAACUGUGACUGAUCUUUCAAUUGUUUUACUCAUACAUUUUUUUUCUCCAUGUGUAAAACUGGAAACUAUGUCUGUGUGUGGUAGGAAAUCAUUCACAAGAAUUCAUUUAAGCUCUGAAAACAACCUUACAAACCCCCAAGACAGAGCCAACUGUGCACUCGUUGGCCAGGGUGUGGUGCCACAUUUUGAAAAGGAGAAUUCAAAACACUAGCACAACCUCCUUUGGCUCAUUGUGAGCUCAUUCUGAUCCACAGAGCCAAGCUCCAUUGUAUGGUCAGCCUGUAGAAUUUAAAAAGGAACUGCUUUGCUGAAAGAGGCUGAAGUACCAGGCUCAUUUCACAAGUUUUAAUACUGAACAAAGUCUCUGGGAGCUCAGCACAUGCCUCCGAGGCCUUUUCUACUUCACUCCAGAAAUGUCAAGCCUAUAACAUCUAGUGGCAGGACAGUAGCAGAUAAUCUCCCAGGGUUACUAGAACACAUAUCCAUGCCUUUAAAAUCAGCUUGAAAGGUUUUUGUCACUAUUGUUUGUACUGUUUGCACUGGAUGAAUGUGGCUUUUUUUAAAUCUAGAGUUCUUGAAGUCAAAUCCUGACUGGUGGGAUAGUAUUGUCAAAUCUAGAUUCUCUAAGUCUCAUUUUUUUAUUGCGUGUUGGACAAUAUACUUCUGUUUGUUCUCAUCUGUGGUUGUCAGGAGAAGGAACUUUAUCUCCUCUGUUUACACUAAAUGAUUAUAUCUGAUGCUCUAUGGCUAUAAUGUUUUAAGAAACAUGCUGUCAUUAGAAUGUAAAAUGUAUCUGUUUUGGGACUAAGGGACACAGCACUGAAAGCUAACUGAUAUCAGGGGAUUUUAUUAAUGCUGGCCUCUUAUUUCUCAUUUUGUUCUGCCAGACUGCAUCACCUCAGCAACAGUUUUCUGAAAUAAAUGUUGGAAAAAGGCUUCCACUUGAAGUCCGCUAUUCUAACAUGCUCAAUGUAUUUUUAAAUAUAUGAGGUACAAAAUGAAGAGGUGUCAAGUUUAGCCAAACACACAGUGUGUCAAUACAAAUCCAGCUGUCUUUUAAAUAUAGGUGUGCAUAAGACUUAUCAGAAAACAACAGGAAAAUUCACGCUGUUUAGUUUGGCAGAUACACAAUAUGUUGCUAUGCAAGCAACAGCUGUUAUUAAAAAUAGUUGCAGGUAUUGGUGGCAAAAAUACACCCAGAGCCAUUGAGAUGCCUAGAGUCUAAUAAAUGAAAAUGUCAUUAGAGUAGAAGUAAAUAUCCGAAGGACUGGAGGUAACAGUGGCAGGACUUAUACACUGCUACUUCUAGCUGUAUUUGUAGGAAGUAGCAGAAAAACAGAGUUAAUUAUGGAUUGACAAAUAUUACUAUCUUGACUAAGUAUUUAAUGUUGACUGGUAUAAUUUGGGUUUGGUUGAUGUGUUUCAUAAUGUCUCAAAUUGGGAUUCUGUUACAGGGUGUGUAUUUUUAUAUUCAUGCUCAGCAAUAGAAUGAAU